UACCGUGUGUAGUACAGCCUCAUCUUGGCGAGCGAGCAAAGUAUAAUACUCUCUCCGCAUUACUCCUGCGCGCCACACGAUUCUCUGACUCACCACUAUUCACUUGUUUUAGUAUCGAAUUGACCGAACUUCCGUCAAGUUUCGCCAACCGCAAUCCUCUUCUUGCGCUCGUUCGCGUCUUCGAUCCGAAAAUCUCGGCCCGGGGGUCCUUGAAGGUGUGCCAAAUCAAUUUCGCUGUAUUUUUUAACUCUUUGCGUAUUCAAUUUUGAAACGGUUUGUUGUUGUUUGAUUUCGCCUUUUACUUUUCAAACCGACCGGCCGCCGAAAAUCCGCUGGAUUACUGCAGAGUGCUGCAGAGAAGCGUAUUAACGAGAUCCGCUUUUCCGAUUGUUUUAUCGACUGAAUUGAGUUGAGCGCGUUCCGCUGUUAGGCCAAUGGAUAAAUAUUGAUCGAGUAUACGUUGGGUCUACUUGUCUGAAUCCCUUCGCAUUGAUGAAAGCACUUAAAACUAAGGCAUCCGACGGUCCAAACUGUUUCCAAAGUCCUCGUCUAUUUGCAUUUGAAAAAGGGGCAAUUUUGCGCGCAUAAAACCGAACACGGAAUUAUUGGUAAAAAACUUUGGCGAUAUGGACAGACCCAUUAUUCUAGAGGGCGACGAAACGCCGUCGGAUGGUAUGCCAGAGGCUCACAAAAGUUUUGCCUGCAUGGGAUUGGACGAACCCGAUGACGAGGUCUUUGAAGAAGACGACUUUGAUCCGUCAAAAUCGUUUCACUCUCGCUACGAUCACCGCCAACUUCAUCCGAUCGAACUGAAAGUGCGGAAGGAGGUGAACGACACCGGCUACCGGGGAUACACCGUCCCGACACCUCAGCCCGUUCCGUUGUCAUCUGAUUUCCCUUCCGAGGAAAUUCUUCACAAGACGAUUCUGGUGGGCGACAGCGGCGUGGGCAAGACGUCGCUGCUCGUUCAAUUCGACACAGGGACUUUCCAUCCAUCUUCAUUCGCUGCUACUGUCGGCAUCGGUUUCACAGUUACGAUGUAUCCGCCCACAACCACUUGAAACUUUAUUUUUUUUAUCAAUUGAUUAGCCCUUAACGUAAUAAAAUAGAAAGCAAAUACAGCACAAAUCAAAUUAAAAACUUCUUGAUUUAAAAGAAAUAGAUACUAAAAAGGGAAAUGUAUACAUGUUUAAGAGAGAUUUUUUAAAAGAAAACGAAAAAUGUUACUGUACCAUUCGAUCGAUACUGGUGUAGCAGCAGCAGUAACCUGAGGCAAACAGUUCUAGAAAACGGCUCAAAGUCGUGAUGACGUCACUUACACAAGCACUCUGAUCUAUAGAAUUCAGGACUGAAGAAGUUUACCUGAAUUGUAUAGUGAAUCACAGCCGAAAGCUACUCAAAUAUUGUGUUUCUUUUUUUUUCUUGUCUUCCCCCGUUCGUCAUUGUUUUGAGAAAAUCGUUAGGUAUUACAAGUUUUCAAAUCGAUCGAAGGGAGAUAUUUGGUUGGUAACCGCGCGUGUUUCCUUCAGUCACACAGAUGUUCCGCGUCGUCUCUCUCGUCCGCAUUCACGUUCGACCAACUGCAGCCGUGACUCGCUCAGAGUGCUGCAGGGAGGAGCGUAUAUGUACGCAAUUGAGGUUACUAGGUGGGGAUGAAGUGAAAAACAGCCUGGCUGCUGGGUGUGACACACAAGUGUUUUCCCUUGCCUCGCACCCUCUCUCCGGGGCGACCUAAUCAGGCCGAGUCGUCGAGACAUAGACACUUCCUUUCGCCGGUUGUCGAGCGUCAGUUGUCGUCCAAGAGUCAGACACUUCAAAACACUUUCACGCAACGCGGUUAUAUUGCUGUAUACAUAUCAUACCAGCUCCGAUCGAUUUAAUUCAUUCCAUUCUAUUUCGG